AUGGCGACAGUCCCCCCAUUUUUCGUGAGCAUCAAGUUCGACGACCUGUGCACCGAGUUCACGCUCCACGAGGCCCUGGACAACUCGAGCCCGUACGUCACCAUGGCCCUCGACGCUACCGGGGCUGUAACCGGCUUAACAUACGUCUCGGGCAGCGGGGCCGGCCUCGUGCCACUUACCGUCCCGACCGCUUCCGCAGCCUCUAUCCCCACGACUGGCCUCUCCAUCCAAGACACCGAGACUUACGGCACCGACACCACCUACUAUCUCAAGGACGACGAUGCCUCCACUGUCUCUAGGGUGGGCGCUAAGCCUGAUGCCAGUGAGCUUGCCGAAGUGCCGCUGCCUGUGCUUGAGAGCGUUGUUGGCGACGCCAGCGCUACGCUGAGCCCGGCGGAGAUCGUGGAGAACGCGGAGGAGUUGGCGGAGAACCAGGAGGCGAAUGCCCUCGUGCCCGCGGAGAACGGCGGUCUCUUGGCCGACCAGGGCCUGGUCGACGCUGAAGUCGCCGCAGGCGUAGCGAUUGAAAAAGCGGAGGAAGAAGGCCUUAUCUAG